CAUGGGACUUACUGGCCCCAUGGAGACUGACGUAGCGGCUCCCUCUGCUAACCUUUCCACGACUGCUGAUGACUUCUAUGAUGACCCGUGCUUCAACACAUCGGACAUGCACUUCUUUGAGGACCUGGACCCCCGGCUGGUGCACGUGGGGGGUCUUCUGAAGCCCGAGGAGCACCCACACCACCAUGGACAUCACCAUGGGCACGAGGAGGAGCAUGUCCGGGCACCCAGUGGGCACCACCAGGCCGGCCGCUGCCUGCUGUGGGCGUGCAAGGCUUGCAAGAGGAAGACCACCAACGCCGACCGCCGCAAGGCCGCCACCAUGAGGGAGCGGCGGCGGCUCAGCAAGGUCAACGAGGCCUUCGAGACCCUCAAGCGCUGCACCUCCACCAACCCCAACCAGCGCCUGCCCAAGGUGGAGAUCCUGCGCAAUGCCAUCCGCUACAUCGAGAGCCUGCAGGCCCUGCUGCGGGAGCAGGAGGAUGCUUAUUACCCCGUGCUGGAGCACUACAGCGGGGAAUCGGAUGCCUCCAGCCCCCGCUCCAACUGCUCUGACGGCAUGAUGGAGUACAGCGGGCCUCCGUGCAGCUCUCGCCGAAGAAACAGCUAUGACAGCAGCUACUACACGGAAUCACCAAAUGAUCCAAAGCAUGGGAAGAGUUCUGUUGUGUCCAGUCUCGAUUGCCUCUCAAGCAUUGUAGAGAGGAUUUCUACAGAUAAUUCCACAUGUCCUAUACUGCCUCCAGUGGAAACUGUUGCUGAAGGGAGUCCCUGUUCCCCCCCAGAAGGAGUGAGUCUGAAUGAUAGUGGAGCCCAAAUUCCUUCCCCCACCAACUGCACCCCACUUCCCCAGGAUAACAGCAGCAGCAACCCCAUCUACCAAGUGCUGUAAGGGCCAGUCCAGCUGGACUGCACUGAAAACAAUUUGCUCCAUCUGGCCCUGCUUGAGACCUGCCUUCUAAGAUUGAAAAGACUUCUUAAGACUUGUUCCAGUUUUAAAAUAUCACUCAAAAUUCCUUCAAAUAUAUAACUUUUCAAACCUGUAUCACUUCAAAAUACACAUAGUUAUUUAUUGGUUGUUAAAGUUAUUUAAUAUGACUAGAGAUAAAAUUGUAUACCACGAAAUGGCCAAUGUUUAAUCUGGGCUGUGGGGAAUAGGAACCUGGUUGUUGAAUGUGGAGGAAAAUAGAAAUCUAGAACAGCAGUGGCAUGAGAGAUCCUUCCUAUUACUCCUGUUCUGGCCAAAAUAAGGUUGUGGACCAUUUUUUUUUUAAUUU